UACCUCAGGGGCUCCCCAUCCGUGGCACAGCGGGGGUGCUAAGGCAGGCUUCCUGUCUGUCCUGGCACCGCGGGUCGUGCUACAUCCUGGAAGCAGCCAGCAGCGGCCCUGGCUCCUAGGCUGAGGUGCGCAAGCGGCUCUGUGCGGCUCUUGCCUUCAGGCAUCGUCCCCUGCCCGUUCCCGGUGUGCGGAGCUGGUGCUUGGGGUGGGGGCAGCACGCAGAGCCCCAUGGCCUGCCCGCCUGCCUAGGAGCCGGAUCUGCUGCUGGCCCCUUCCAGGGUGCAGCGCGAUGUCAGAACAGGUAGGGACUAGCCUGCUUUAGCCGGAUAGCACUGCUGAGGGGACUUUUAAUGGCCCAGGCAGCUGUGCUGACCAGAGCCCCUGCGACCGCAGUUUGAAAACCUCCACAAGGGUACAUUGGAGCAGGGGAACAGGAGAUUAAAUGGCCGGGGUGGGGACUGAAGCUGCCUCCUCUGGUAAGAACUCAGCGGCUGGGGAACAGAUUAUAGAUCUCAAACAGGAACAGCUAUUACAAUAUGACCUAUUCAGCUAAUAAGUAGGCUUGGAAGGAUUCGAUUUUGAUAGUAAAAUGUCGGUAUUCAUUUCAUGGCACACAAACAUGCUGAUGGGAAAAUAUCUCCGUUGGUGGUCAUUGAAAUGUGCAGAUCUGCAAAGUCAGAAAACUGCUGCUUGAGAACUUCUUACAGUUGGAUUGAAGCAAAUUUCCUUAGCAUGUUUUGACAUGUGAUGUUGACAGAUGGUUAAAACAAUUACAAAGCUUUAACUUUGAAUAGCAACCUGGUCUGUCAUUAUCUAUUGUCUGAACCCAUCCCCAGAAUUUCCCCACCGCUGUGAAAAUUUAAAUUGAUGAUAAAGAUAAAACUUUAAAAUAAACCAGUAUAAUACAUCAUUAUUAUUAAUACAAAAUUAUAAAAGUUGAAGUCUGCCAGGACUUGUUUUACUGGAGCAGUGCCCAGCACGCUUAUAGAUCUGCUUACGACACAGGAAAACGACUGUCGAAAUAGACUUCAGAUUUUCGGAAGGGGAGAGAGAGGGGGCUGCUUUUCUUCACCCAGAAAAGGGAACUUGGCAGGUUUUUUUGUUUUCUUUACAGAUUUAGACCUGUUUUCUCAACGGUGAAUACCAGCUUGUAUGAAGGAGAAUCUGUUAAACUGCUGGACAAAAACGCCUUACAAUGAGAACGUUCAACUUAGUGCACUGAGGUCUCAAAAAUUGUGUAUAUUUUAGUGAGUUUCAUGUACAGAGUCUCUGCUCUUUGAUUGCUAGCUAUCACAGAACAGUGUAUUAUCAAUGCAUGUGCUUUUCAGAUGCCGUCGGUUGUUAGUUCAUUUCCCUCCUCGGCUGAUCCAGGCUCUGUAAGGUUCAUUUACAUUUCUUGGUUCAAAACAGUCUUAAUAAUACAGUCUUGGAGAGGUCUGAUAUGAGGAACUGCAAACAUGACUGCCCAUGAGGAGCAUCCCCCAAGAAGGAAACCCGUAACGGGAAGUUACACAUGAUGUGACAAAAAUGGCUUUUUGUGAAUGGAGACUCCCGAUCUGUUACUGAUAUGAUUUGGAGUUUCUGGGCCAAAAGCAGGAGCCAGUUGAGUCCAGAUGCUGGAUACAGGGUUUGAAAUGUUCUUGCCCAGCAAUGUCAGGUUAAAAACUCCCUUGUCCUGGUAGGAACUCCACUUGUUAGGAGCAACAGGGUGAGGGGUCGAAUGUUGGUGGAUUCCAGGGGUUGGGGAGAGACAACAGCAAUAAACGGAUCUUUUCUUUUAGGCAAAGUCUUGAAUUUGGGGCCAAAAGCCAGCCAGAUCCAUGCCGUUGAGCUGUUCUAGCAGGGUCUGGGUUCUGCUGGUGGACUAGGAUCAGUUCUGCAGGAUCGACUUGUACAAUAGAUUUCAGAAGCCAAAAACUAGCUGGAUGUCACGUCGCUUAUGUUCUUGGACUGAACAGGGAAUAGCAAGAACUGACCCUACUAAGCCAUGAACUGUCCUGAGUGUGGCUUUCUGCUCCACACAGAAGCUUCAGAGGGAGAGGAAUCUGAGUGUGGCUGGCUUGCCGUCCGGUGGAAGUGACUCUCGCUAGGAGUGGAUCAGAGGAGCCUGUGCGUGUCAGUAGAGAGAUGGGGGAAACCGAUUCUACCGAGCAGAGUCCGCAAGGAGAGGUGAACUCCAAUUGUAAUGGGGCCCUUGAGACAGGAGGGGACACAGAAUCUGGAGAGAAUCCUCAACAAGAACAAUUAAUCGAGUUGUCAAGUAGCAAUGGAGAUGCAAGGAGAGGUCAGGACCCAGCCCUGGGAGCCUGCCUGGCUUCUCUUUCAGGUUCUCGAUCUCCCUUCAGGGACCCAUCCGUGCGUAUAGCCCUGAUCUGUGUCUCCGGUGUAGCUGUGUUUCUGUUCUUUGUCGUCAUUGCUUUGGUAGCAGCUCUGGCAGGGGUGCUAUCAAGGGCACCUGUGGCCUGCCCCAAUGGCUGGGUCGCGUUCCAAGGGCAAUGCUAUUAUUUCUCAGUGACUGAAGGGAACUGGACCUACAGCCGGAGCAACUGCUCUGCACUGGGCACCUCCCUGGCUGGGAUCGACACCCAGCAGGACAUGGACUUCAUGCUGCGCUACAGAGGCCACCGUGACCACUGGCUCGGCCUCCAGAAGGACACGAACCAGCUCUGGAGAUGGGUGAAUGGCACUGAAUUCAACAGCUGGUUUCACAUCGGAGGGGGAGGGGAGUGCGCGUAUCUGAAGGAAGCGAAAGCCAUCAGCUCCUCGCGGUGCUCUAUGGAGAGACACUGGAUCUGCAGCAAACCCCACGUGUGUGUAAACGUUUAGCACGGCGCUGGGCUCGGACGUUUCUCUGGCUAAUGGACUAAACCAAAAAGCAUCUGAGCUGGGCCAGACACUUCUGCUUCAGGGCCUAAGAUCCCUGUCCUUGGGAGUAAACUGUCCCUAAUGGAUGAGUGAUCUCAUCGUCCGUUAGGUGACCUGCACUUUCCUCUGAAGCGGCUGCUACCGGCCACUUAGACAGGAGACUGGACUGGACGAACUGGGGAUUCCUGAACCAGCCGGUUCUCACCUGAGGCCACUUCCUGUGGUACGUCUGGGCACCGAGACAGGCAAAUAAGGACCAAACUCUGGGCCACCUUUCAGGGAGCGGUUUUGAUCUCCUCUUCCCAUUGAGCCACCUCCGUGCCGCGAAAUCACUGCCACAGCUGUAAUGGAGCCCCCUGCUUACCUGAGCUUCCAGUCGUAGGCCUGGUCUGUGCUACGGCGCUAGACGAGCCUGCUGCAGCCGCAGCUCAGAGAAGUGCCUGUUAGUUCAGGCAGUAAAGGCUCAAGAGAUCCCAGCCGCUGACAGCGUUGCACUAGGACAGAAGCAGCGUCCGAAAAUGGGCGGCAUUUCGGUGGAUGACGCCGCUUGGCGGCGGCGACGCCUAUUGACGUUGCCGCUGCUUGGCGGCAUUUCGGCGGAUGCUUGUCCGUUUGGCGCCCGCCAGACAAAAAGGGUUGGGGACCACUGCCUUAGUGUCUCUGAGCUGGGGGCCUUGGAAUGUUUUGCAGGACGGCAAUCUCUGGUCAAGAAUGACUCGACGAUACCAUGAGUCAUACCAGCCCCUCCCCUGUUUUGAGGGGGGAGGAGAUCAACUGGAAACAUAUACACUGAACUAGAGCCUAAGUUACUGGGCUCAACGCGGGAAUCACUGGGUGAGCUUCUCUGCCCUGUGUUAAGCAGGUCAGGCCAGAUGGUCAUAGCGGUCCCUUGUGACCUCAAAACCUCAGAUAUUUGGUUUUGGGAAGAACGGGAAGCUGAGAGGUGGCUUUGGAUAACCAGGCAAUCGUCCAUUUCCUACCUCUGCACCUUACUAGCUGCUGCUGAAAACCGUUCUGGUCUCGUGCUGCUGAUAAUCCUGAGACCAACCCGAAGUGCACCGAGUGGCCCAGAGGAUGGCUCUGUCGUGGGAGCGUUAUUUUUAUUGAUGCGGGAUUGAAGAGCUCGAGCGCGUCUACCAGGGCGGGCUGCACAGCGGUGAGCUUCCAGGGGAGAUUGGCAGGAAGCGGGUGACGCUGGCAUGCCAGGAGAACGAAGGCGGGAAUUGCAGAAAGGAAGCCGGGCACGAGGUACAAAGGGCCGAGCGAGGGAGACACCUGGCAGCAACUUGCAAAUAGUAGCAAUGCGGGGGGCGUCUUAGCCUCUUGUAGAACCGGGAGCAUCUUUAGUGCAGACGCUGCCUCUUCAUCUGCACUAUCCUGCCAGACUUCCCUGGAAAGCUGGAAUCACUGUGUGCUACUAUCCUAGGUGCAGACUCUCCAGACGUGCUGUCCUGUUUGUGCAAUGGCCAGCGAGAGUGUUUAUGGUGGGUACAAAGACCGGCGCGCUUUGUCGUGACCGUUUUAACGCUGACCCAGGGACUCCUCUUCAGUUUUGUUUUUAAAACUUUGUAAACUGAGAUUGACUUCAUUAUGCUAUUGGUAUCACUAAGCUAGACGUUUCUGGCGGCCCCUUUUUGCACAGGAUUUAUAAUGGGCUGUUUCCGGACUAAUGUUGUAAGUCAGUGGUCUCCAACCUUUUUAUGCCCAAGAUCACUUUUUGAAUCUAAA